CUAACCUUUAACGUGAUCCGCAUAGGGAAGCGUGCCUUGCCCAUCUCUCAAACACGCAUUUCCUUCUAUUUCAUUUUCACGAUUCACGAGAAACAAACUGAAAAUUUGUCCCUACUCACCUCACUAAAUAAGCGAGUUCACGGACCGAACCAGAGAAAUUUUCGCCUGAGAAAAAAAAAAGCUAUGGAUUCCAGCGCAGCUCAGCGUCGUCUUAAAGCCAUUCACGGCCACCUCGCCGCCAACGGCGAGUCUCACUCUCAGCUCCGGCCCAACCCCACCGCCGGCGAGUUCUUCCUCGAGCAGGGGUAUAGUGUUGUGCUUCCAGAGAAAUUGCAAACUGGGAAGUGGAAUGUGUACAGAUCAGCCCGUUCUCCUUUGAAGCUUGUGAGUAGAUUCCCUGAUCAUCCUGGAAUUGGUACACUGCAUGAUAAUUUUGUGCACUCAGUUGACACUUUCCGGGAUUACAAAUAUCUGGGAACACGAAUCCGGGUUGACGGGACGGUUGGAGAGUACAAAUGGAUGACUUAUGGAGAAGCAGGUACUGCUCGAUCUGCCAUAGGUUCUGGCCUAAUUUUUCAUGGGAUACUAAAGGCAUCUUGCAUUGGGCUAUACUUCAUCAACAGACCGGAGUGGCUCAUUGUUGAUCAUGCUUGCUCUGCAUAUUCGUAUAUAUCAGUUCCUUUAUACGACACUCUUGGUCCAGAAGCUGUCAAGUACAUUACAAAUCAUGCUGCUGUACAAGUUAUAUUUUGUGUGCCUCAAACCUUGAAUACUUUGUUGAGCUUCUUGUUGGAUAUUCCAACAGUCCGUCUAAUUGUGGUUGUUGGCGGGAUAGAUGAUCAAAUUCCGAAGCUUCCAUCAUCAGCAGGAGUUGAGGUUGUAACAUAUUCAAAGCUGCUUAGUCAGGGCCGCAGUAACCUUCAGCCUUUCUGUCCUCCAAAACCUGAUGAUGUUGCAACCAUUUGCUAUACAAGUGGUACAACUGGGACACCAAAGGGAGCUGUUUUGACACAUGGAAACAUGAUUGCGGAUGUUGCUGGGUCCUCCAUUGCUGUCAAAUUCUACCCCUCAGAUGUUUACAUUUCAUAUCUUCCUUUGGCACACAUAUAUGAACGAUCUAACCAGGUCAUGUCAGCAUAUUAUGGAGUUGCUGUUGGAUUCUACCAGGGGGAUAAUAUGAAAUUAAUGGAUGAUAUGGCUGCUCUAAGACCUACUAUCUUCUGCAGCGUUCCUAGACUGUAUAAUAGAAUAUAUGCCGGUAUUAUGAAUGCUGUAAGGACAUCUGGUGGGCUACGGGAGAGGCUAUUUAAUGCUGCCUACAAUGCUAAGAAGCAAGCAAUAUUGAGUGGAAAGAAUCCAUCGCCUAUAUGGGACAAAUUGGUAUUCAAUAAAAUAAGGGAAAAGCUUGGAGGACGUGUUCGUUUUAUGGCAUCAGGUGCCUCACCCUUGUCCCCUGAUGUCAUGGACUUUCUAAGAAUCUGCUUUGGUGGUCAUGUAAGUGAAGGAUAUGGUAUGACUGAAACUUCUUGUGUCAUAAGUGGUAUCGAUGAGGGUGACUAUCUAUCUGGCCAUGUCGGCUCUCCCAAUCCAGCUUGUGAAAUAAAGCUAGUGGAUGUCCCAGAAAUGAACUACACCUCUGAUGAUCAGCCCUAUCCUCGUGGUGAAAUCUGUGUCAGGGGUCCCAUUGUUUUCCAAGGUUAUUACAAAGAUGAAGUGCAGACGAAAGAAGUGAUUGAUGAAGAUGGAUGGCUUCAUACUGGAGACAUCGGAUUGUGGUUGCCUUGUGGUCGUUUAAAAAUUAUUGAUAGGAAGAAAAACAUUUUCAAGUUGGCGCAGGGAGAAUACAUAGCUCCAGAGAAAAUUGAGAAUGUAUAUGCAAAGUGCAAGUUCAUUUCCCAGUGCUUUGUAUAUGGUGACAGCCUGAAUUCUUCUUUGGUCGCUGUUGUCUCGGUGGAGCCAGAUGUUUUGAAAGCAUGGGCUGCCUCUGAAGGCAUUAAGUAUGAAGAUUUAGGGCAACUGUGCAAUGAUCCAAGAGCAAGGGCUGCUGUCUUAGCUGACAUGGAUGCUGUUGGGAGAGAAGCUCAGCUGAGAGGUUUUGAAUUUGCAAAAGCUGUGACUUUGGUGCCCGAACCGUUUGCGCAGGAGAAUGGUUUACUUACUCCAACCCUUAAGAUCAAGAGACCCCUAGCGAAGGAGUACUUUGCGAAAGCAAUAUCUAACAUGUAUGCAGAGCUCUCUACUGUGGACCCCUCUCAUAAAACAUAGUGAGUGAAGCAGAGAGCUAGAAAAUCAAGCCAAGCCAAGCUACACACCAGAUUUUUGGUGAUAACAUGAUGAAAUAGUUGGACCCAAUCAUCAUCUGCCAAAGCAUCCUGCAUCAUAGUUCCUUCCUUCCCAAAAUAAAAUAAAAAAUUAAUUUAUCCUGAUGUGCUUUGGAUCAGAGAAUUAUAUGUAUUUGUUUCCCAAUAAGGAGCCAUUAUUUUCAGAGAGCUGGAGUUUCAACGUGCCGAUGCACUGAUUUAAUAAAAAUUAUAUUCUGGGUUCCUAUUUCCUAUUUAGGUUGGAGAUUGAAUCCCAUUAAGCAACA